AUGAUGACUCGCUCGCACAAGGCCAACGAUCGCAACCACGCCGCUCUGGCAAACGGCACUGCCCUGCCAGAGGAGCACGUCCCCAAAUACUUUGCCAAGCAUGGCUUCACUGAUGCCGAACCCAAGAAGAUCAAGAAGAACGGCGGCGGCAAGGCCAAUUGGGGCACCACUGGUGACGACAUCAUGGACGAGAAUUUCAACUUUGCCAACGCCCGUCGCCGAUCCAACAGCAGCAGCUACACCAGCGGCCUGCACGACUUCAAGACCAAAUUCGACGUGAAUGAGCAGGAGCCCGUCUUCGAGGAGAGUCUCCACGGCCCCGAGGCCGAGGACGACGACACGCUGACCAAGACGGACACCUCGUCCAGCAACGGCAGCAUCGCCGACGAGGACAAGCUCGGAAAGGGCGUCUAA